AUGCUGUGUGCAUGUCAAGACGGCGUCUGCAACGGCAAAAUGGACAAAGCGACCAAAACUGUUGGCGCAGAAACGCAUGCCUACUCCAAAACUUCAAGUAAUACAUCUAUUCACGAAUCUGAUGACGACGAUAUAUGGGGAGAUGAUGAGCCCACCCAAACACCAGCGGUCAAGAGAAUCCACACUAAGCAGGGCUAUGUAGACGGGCUCGCCCAUGCCCAGGAAUCCAGUUUGCAGGCAGGAUUCGACGAGGGCUACGGAACCGGAGCUGGGUUGGGGGUAGCCGUUGGGUCGAUCUUGGCCAAAACCUGGGGUACACCUGCAUACGACGAAGCUCGGCGGGAGCUUGUAAUUACCAAUGUGUUAAGCCGGCAAUGGUUUGACAACGAUCUUUGUAUGAAAAAGCAUGCUCUCAUACAGAAAUGGAACCAGAACUUAGACUAA